UAUAUUCUCAACUAGUCGAAUGUUGCAUAACAUUUACAUGCAAAUGUUUCUGAUUGGUACUUUACUUAAAAAUACACAUAAUAAUAUCAGUUAUAAUGAUAUAUUCUUCAAUUCACUUGUUGAAUUGUCAAUAUAACUUGUUGAAAUCUUCUUAUUCUUGGAUUAUUUCCAACAGCAACAACAACAACAACCAAAAAAAUGGUUGAAUAAUUCAUUCCAAUUCUGAUAAUCAUAAUGAACAGUACAUUAAAACUAUUAAUUAUUAUAAAGAAAUUGAUUAUCAUUUCAAUAUGGUCCCAGUUAACAUUAAAUCAAUUGAAUUAUUGUUUAAAACCUAUUGGAUGUUAUCAUGAUGAAUGUUGUUUUAAUAUUAUUCCAAAAACUGGACCAAUUUGUGAUCCAAUCCCUGGAUGUGUUGCUUAUUUUCAACCAGAUUGUUGUAAAAAUAGUCGAUCUAUCCAUACAGAUUAUGGUAUUAUGUAUGGUUAUGCUAUAUCAUUGGAUAGUGAAUAUGGAUAUCAAGAGAAUGGGAAACGUUAUAUUCAGAUUUGGAAAGGAAUUCCAUAUGCAAAACCGCCAACACAAAAGAAUAAUUUAAGAUUUCAUCGACCUAUUCCACCAAUUCAUUCAAAUGAAAAAUAUGAUGCAACUUAUUUUCGAUCAUCAUGUUCUCAACCAAAUUUAAAUUCAUUUAAUGAAUGGUCAAAAUAUUCAUAUGAAUGGUUUAAACAUUUUACAUUUGAACCAAUUCAUAAUGAUGCAUUCAAUUAUAAUGAAGAUUGUCUUUAUUUAAAUAUUUAUAAUUUAUAUGACAUAGAUACUGGUUCAAAUUAUAAUGAUAAUAACAAUAAUAAUAAACAAUAUCCAAUUAUUGUAUUUUUUCAUGGUAUUGAUCAUUUAAUUGGAUCAGCAAAUUAUUAUCCUGGACAUGUUUUAGCUCAAUUAGGUUUAGUUGUGAUUACAGUGAAUUAUCGAUUAGGUCCAUUUGGUUAUUUAGCUAUAAAUAAAUCAUAUUUACAAAAGAAUAUUAAUCUUAAUGAUAUUCGUGAUGAUAAUAAUGAUGAUAAUGAUGAAAUAUUAAUGGGAAAUUAUGGAUUAUGGGAUCAAAUUAGAGCAUUGGAAUUUAUUCAUGAACAUGCUGAUAAAUUUCUAGGUGAUCGUAAUCAAAUCACUGUAAUUGGUUAUGGUUCAGCUGCUGCUGAUGUUGCACUACAUUUAUUGUCAGAAAAAUCAGGUCGUAGAAAUCCACCCUUAUUUCAUCGUGUUAUUCUUAUGUCCGGAUCUGAUCAAAUGGAAGGUGGUUUUGUUCAAAAUAUCAAUGAAUCGGAGGCAUAUGCUAAACAGUUGGCUUAUCAGGUUGGUUGUGAUGUUUCUUCAAAACGUUCAAUGAUCAACUGUUUACGAUCUCGUACAUCUACAGAAAUAUCGAAUGCAGCAGCCAAAACAAGUAUUCAUCGGCCUAAUUGGUUAACAAAACCAUGGGCACCAACUUUAGAUUAUGAUUUCAUCAUGAAUACGCCAAAAUACUUAUGGAAUAAUGGUCUUUAUGCUCAUAUACCACUUAUUGGUGGCCUGGUUGUAGAUGACGGUGUUUUUCAUGCAUUAGCAUCAAUUUAUCGUUUGAAUGUUCCACUUACUUGGAAUCUAAUAAACAGUACACAAAAUAGCGCUUUCGAUUCCCACGAAUUAUUGAAUCCAAAUACUGAAUUUUCUGGCAUGUCAGUUGAUUUAAUGCGUUCAGGUUUCAUGGAAAUGGUGAAAAAUGAUUUUGCACUAGAUCCUGUUGGUAUUACAAAUUCAUUACUUUUUCAAUAUACAUACUGGCCGGAUAAAGAAAGUGCAUUUUCAAGAUGGGAAAUGUAUCGUUCUGCUUGGACAGAUCGUUUCAUAGGUUCUGGACUAGUUCAAACACUUCAAUAUCAUUCAAAUCCAAAAUUUGCUAAAAAAAAAUUCGAAUCAAUAACUAAUCAGUAUUUACCAAUUAAUCAUACUCAAAUGUAUAUUUUUGGUUAUAAAUCAAAAAAUGAUUUAUGGAGUAAAAUUAUUGGUGUUUAUCCUGGUUCCGAAUUACAAUAUGUAUUUGGAUUACCUUUAUUACAAUUAUAUAAAACAAUGGAAGAAAUAAAUGAACAAUGGCCAAUUGAUUUAAGCAUUAAACCACCUCGUUAUCAAUAUACUGAUCUUGAUGUUAAAAUGAGUAGUUAUAUGUUAUCAUUUAUAUCGAAUUUUGCAAAAACUUCAAAUGCUACACCACAAUCAAUUCGUAAUUUAACAUGGGAUACUUAUCGAAUUGAAAAUAGAACAUAUUUAUGGUUAAAUUUAACUGAUAAUAUUACUUUAUCUGAAAGUCAUCGUCCUGAUUUAGAAUUAAAAGGAAUUGGUGCUGGUUUUGAUUUACGACAAAAUUAUAGAAUAAAUACAUAUUCAUAUUGGACUUAUUUUUAUUAUAAACAACUUCUAUGGUUACCAAGAUAUCCAAUACCAACAGCCAUACCAAUUGAUUUAGAAGAUUAUCGUUUAGCUGCAUUUUCUUUAGCUGGUUUAUUAUUUAUUCUAUGUAUUAUUAUUAUGUUAUUAUUAAUUGUAUAUUGUAGAAGAAGAAAAUUGUUAGUAUCUUAAA